CGCAUGCCAGGUACCGCGAGGUGGAGGAGACGCCACAGCAAUCUGGCAGUCUGACUUUGACCCUAACCUUAAAAGAUGUUGGAGUCAUAUGUAACUCCAAUUUUAAUGAGCUAUGUGAAUCGCUAUAUCAAGAAUUUAAAACCUUCGGAUUUACAGCUUUCACUAUGGGGUGGAGACGUGGUUCUCAGCAAGCUCGAGUUAAAGUUAGAUGUGCUGGAACAGGAACUGAAAUUACCCUUCACUUUUUUAAGCGGACAUAUUCAUGAAUUGAGAAUUCAUGUACCAUGGACAAAAUUGGGUUCAGAACCAGUGGUAAUUACCAUCAAUACAAUGGAAUGCAUAUUGAAACUUAAAGAUGGAAUACAGGAUGACCAUGAAAGCUGUGGUUCUAAUUCUACCAAUCGUAGUGCUACUGAAAACACAAAAUCAUCAGUAAAACCCCGAAGAAUUCAGCAGGCUGCUCCUACAGAUCCUGAUUUACCACCAGGGUAUGUGCAAAGUCUGAUUAGACGAGUUGUAAAUAAUGUAAACAUUGUUAUAAAUAAUCUCAUACUAAAAUAUGUUGAAGAUGAUAUUGUUCUUUCAGUCAAUAUCACUUCUGCAGAAUGCUAUACAGUGGGUGAAUUAUGGGAUCGUGCAUUUAUGGAUAUUUCUGCAACUGAUCUGGUGCUAAGAAAGGUUAUCAAUUUUUCUGACUGUACAGUUUGUCUUGAUAAACGAAAUGCCAGUGGUAAAAUAGAAUUUUACCAGGAUCCUUUACUGUACAAAUGUUCCUUCAGAACUCGUCUACAUUUUACAUAUGAUAACCUAAAUUCCAAGAUGCCAUCUGUUAUUAAAAUUCAUACCUUAGUAGAAAGUCUGAAACUUUCUAUCACAGAUCAGCAGUUGCCUAUGUUUAUUCGUAUAAUGCAGCUUGGGAUUGCUCUUUACUAUGGAGAAAUAGGCAAUUUUAAAGAUGUUGAAACAGAGGAUUCUGCUUGUCACAAUAAAGAUAUGUUAGGAAACAUUACAGGUGCUGAAGAUGAAACAAGAAUAGAUAUGCAGUAUCCUGCUCAGUACAAAGGCCAAGAGUUGUAUUCACAACAAGAUGAAGAGCAGCCACAGGGAUGGGUAUCCUGGGCUUGGUCAUUUGUGCCUGCAAUUGUGAGUUAUGAUGAUGGUGAGGAAGACUAUACUGGGAAUGAUUCUACAUUAACCAUACAUCAGCAGAAAGUACAGACUUUGAAGGAUCCUAUUGUUUCUGUAGGAUUUUACUGCACAAAGGCAACUGUGACUUUCAAACUCACUGAAAUGCAAGCUGAGAGUAGUUACUAUAGCCCACAGAAAGUAAAAUCUAAGGAAGUAUUGUGUUGGGAACAAGAAGGAACUACCAUUGAGGCCCUUAUGAUGGGAGAUCCUUUCUUUGACUGCCAGAUUGGGUUUGUAGGCUGCAGAGCCAUGUGUCUUAAAGGAAUUAUGGGUGUUAAAGAUUUUGAAGAAAAUAUGAAUAGAAGUGAAACUGAAGCCAGUUUCUUCAUUUGUGGUGAAAAUUUAAGCACAAAAGGUUUGACAUACCUUACAAAUUCAUUGUUUGAUUAUCGAAGCCCAGAAAAUAAUGGUACUCGUGCAGAAUUUAUCUUGGAUGCAGCUCAUCAUAAGGAGACAUAUACUGAGAUAGCUGGAAUGCAAAGGUUUGGGGCUUUUUACAUGGAUUACCUGUACACAAUGGAGAGCACCAGUGGCAAAGGUUCUGCAAAUCAACAAGACUUUUCUACAGGGAAAAAUGAAGAUUUGGGAACAGUUCAAGAGAAGUCUACUAAAACCCUUGUUGUAGGUCCCCUUGAUUUUCGCUUGGAUAGCAGUGCAGUACAUAGGAUUUUGAAAAUGAUUGUUUGUGCCUUGGAACAUGAAUAUGAACCAUAUAGCAGGCUAAAACCAGAAAUUAAGGAUGAAAAUGAAACAAUAUUGAAUCCUGAAGAAGUGGCUUCUUUGGAGGAGUAUAUUCCUACUCGACAUACAAGUGUAACUCUUCUCAAAUGUACCUGUACAAUUUUCAUGGCUGAGUUCAACUUGCUGGAUUGUUUGCUUCCUGUCAUUAUAGGAGGAAAGAACUCAAGUAAUUUCAUGAAUACUGCAAACUUCCAGUCUCUUCGUCCUUUGCCAUCCAUUCAGAUACUGGUGGAUAAAAUCAAUCUGGAACAUUCUGUCCCAAUGUAUGCUGAGCAUUUGGUGCAUGUGGUCAGCAGCCUUACUCAGCCUUCUGAUAAUCUGCUUCAUUAUUGCUAUGUUCACUGCUAUCUUAAGAUAUUUGGUUUUCAGGCAGGACUGACAUCUUUGGAUGUUAGUGGAUCUUACUGCUUACCUGUACCAAUUAUUCCCUCCUUCAGCACUGCUCUUUAUGGUAAAUUUCUGAAAUUCCCCACUUGCUGGACCAAAAGAUCUCAAAUUGUUAUAACUGAAGGUAUAUUUGAACUUCCAAAUCUCACAAUUCAAGCUACAAGAGCACAGACACUUCUGCUGCAAGCAAUAUAUCAAAGUUGGUCUCAUAUUGGAAAUGUUAGCUCUUCAACAGUGAAUGAAAUUUUGAUGAAUGAAGUCUUUCAAAAUAUAGGUGUGAAAUCUAAGAAUCCCCUGCCAACUCUUGAGGGCUCAAUCCAGAAUGUUGAAUUGAAGUACUGCAGCACAUCAUUGGUCAAAUGUGCCUCUGGGACCAUGGGAUCAAUAAAAAUUUGUGCCAAAGCCCCAGGUGACAGUGGAAAAGAGAAGUUGAUUCCCUUACUUCAGGGUCCUUCUGACACUAAAGACCUUCAUAGCACCAAGUGGCUCAAUGAGAGUAGAAAGCCAGAAUCUCUCUUAGCUCCAGAUUUGAUAGCCUUCACAGUCCAAGUUCCACAAUAUAUGGACUACUGCCAUAAUUCUGAAAAGGAUUCCUGGAAUAUGUAUGCUCUUAGACAUUCAGGUAAAGCUUUAGGAACCAUCUACAAGACAUCAUUGCAUACUCAUAGUCAACCUGUGGUAGCUGUUCCUCUUGUUAUGCCAAUUAGCAGAAGGAAGGAGGAUGAACUGUCUGUUGGAAGUGCACCCAUGGCAAAACAGCAGUCAUAUCAGGCCUCUGAAUAUGCCAGCAGCCCUAUAAAAACAAAAACAAUAACAGAAUCCCGACCCUUAUCAGUUCCUGUGAAAGCCAUGUUUAAUAUAUCUGAGGGCUGUAGAAGUCCUGAAGAAAGAAUGAAAGAAUUUAUUGGAAUAGUAUGGAAUGCAGUGAAGAGUCUCACACUACAGCUUGAAGUUCAGUCUUGUUGUGUCUUCAUUCCAAAUGAUAGCCUGCCUUCCCCAAGUACAAUUGUAUCUGGUGAUAUUCCUGGAACUGUAAGAAGUUGGUACCAUGGACAAACCAGCAUGCCAGGAACACUUGUCCUCUGUUUGCCUCAAAUUAAGAUUAUCAGUGCUGGUCACAAAUAUAUGGAACCUCUUGAGGAAAUUCCAUUUGUUAUCCCACGACCUAUUCUGGAAGAAGGUGAUGCUUUUCCAUGGACCAUCAACUUGCAUCAUUUCAGCAUAUAUACCCUUAUUGGAAAACAAGUGACACUUAGCUUAGUGGAACCUAUGGGUUGUACCUCUACUCUAGCUGUCACAUCUCAAAAACUACUUGCUACAGGACCUGAUGCCAGACAUUCAUUUGUUGUCUGUCUUCAUGUUGACCUGGAGUCCCUGGAGAUAAAAUGCUCUAAUCCUCAGGUCCAGCUCUUCUGUGAGUUAAUUGAUACCAUGAAGAAGGUUUGGAAUAAGAUUCAGAGGAGAGGCAAUCUUAGUUCAUUUUCAGCCUACUCAGAUACUGUGGUAGGGCCUGUCCCUAGUUCUCCAGUUCGAAGCAGUGUAGGCACAGCUCCUCCAGAUGCUAGCACAUGCAGCCCAUCUGCUGAUAUUGGAACUACUACUGAGGGAGAUUCUAUUCAGGCAGGUGAUGAUUCACCAUUCUCAGAUUCUGUUACCUUGGAACAAACUACUAGUAACAUUGGUGGAUCGAGUGGACGGGUUAGUCUCUGGAUGCAGUGGGUACUCCCCAAAAUUACAAUAAAGCUCUUUGCCCCAGAUCCUGAAAACAAAGGCACAGAGGUUUGUAUGGUCAGUGAACUAGAAGAUCUCAGUGCUUCCAUAGACGUGCAGGAUGUAUAUACCAAAGUGAAAUGUAAAAUAGAGAGUUUCAAUAUUGAUCACUAUAGAAGCAGCCUUGGGGAAGAGUGUUGGUCUUUGGGGCAAUGUGGAGGUGUCUUCCUUUCCUGUACUGACAAGCUGAACAGACGCACCUUGUUGGUUCGACCCGUCAGCAAGCAGGACCCUUUCAGUAAUUGCUCUGGCUUCUUUCCUUCUACAACUACAAAACUUCUAGAUGGUUCACAUCAGCAGCAUGGAUUUCUCUCUCUGACAUACACAAAAGCUGUAACAAAAAAUGUUCGCCACAAGUUAACAUCAAGAAAUGAACGAAGAAGUUUUCAUAAGUUAUCUGAAGGUUUAAUGGAUGGUUCCCCUCAUUUUCUUCAUGAAAUUCUUCUUUCAGCCCAAGCCUUUGAUGUUGUCCUUUGUUUCCCUUUACUUAAUGCCAUCACAAGUAUAUUUCAAGCAAAACUACCAAGGUCCCAAAAAGAGAAAAGAAAAUCUCCUGGUCAGCCCAUGAGGACCCAUACGCUGACUUCACGCAGUUUGCCUUUGAUUUAUAUCAAUACAAGUGUAAUCAGAAUUUUUGUUCCAAAAACGGAAGAAAUGAAGUCAACUAUUGAAGUCAAUCAAGCAGCAAAGGAAGACACAGUGGUUUUGAAGAUUGGUUCUGUUGCCAUGGCUCCCCAGGCUGACAAUCCCCUUGGCCGAUCUGUCCUCAGGAAAGAUAUUUACCAAAGAGCCUUGAACUUAGGAAUUCUUCGAGAUCCUGGAUCUGAAAUUGAAGAUAGACAAUACCAAAUAGACCUGCAGUCCAUCAAUAUUGGUACUGCACAGUGGGACCAACUAAAACCAGAGAAGGAAAGUGGAACAGGAGGGGUGCUUACAGAGAGUGAAAGGAAUUCUCAAAAUCCAGCCCUUGAGUGGAAUAUGGCCAGCAGCAUAAGGCGACAUCAAGAAAGGAGAGCAAUUUUGACCCCCAUUUUGACUGACUUUUCUGUACGAAUAACUGGAGCACCUGCCAUAAUUUUCACCAAAAUAAGUUCUCCAGAAAAUCUACAUACAGAGGAGAUUUUAGUAUGUGGCCAUUCCUUAGAAGUGAAUAUAACCACAAACCUGGACUUCUUCCUAAGUGUGGCUCAAGUUCAACUCUUACAUCAGUUAAUAGUCGCAAAUAUGACUGGUCUGGAACCAUCAAAAAAGGCCACAGAGGAGUUACACUUUGGCAUUCUUCUAAACAGAGAAAAGCCAGUCUUUAUAGUAACGCGGUUUGUUAUGGUUUUGGAACAAGGUGUCCCCCAAAAAGUUCCUGUUAAUGCAGGAAUAUUCAGAGUGAAAUUACUGGAUUAUGAGAGCUAUCCUGGGAAAACACUGCCUGAAGCCCUUGAUUACAACACCGUGUGGCUGCAGACAGUGCCUGGAGAAAUAGACAGCAAAAGUGGUAUUCCACCUUCCCUUGUAACGCUGCAAAUUAAAGACUUUCUUAAUGGACCAGCAGACAUCAACUUGGAUAUAUCAAAGCCUUUGAAAGCAAACCUGAGUUUUACCAAACUGGAUCAGAUGAACCAUUUUUUAAAGAAGAUAAAAAGUGCACAUGGCUUUGCACAUAGCAAAGAGACCUCUACUCUUUCAGACCCUACAGUGAAUAAAGAUGAGCUUCCAGUCUCCAAAUGUUACCAUGGAAAGUUGUCUAAACCUAAAGUACAUGGUGAUGGAGUGCAGAAGUUUUCAUUUCAAGAAAACAUGUGGAGAGCCAUUUCCUGCUUUCAAAAAAUUUCUGUCCAUACUACUCAGAUUGUGUUCUCCAUGGAAACUGUCCCCCAUCCUAAUAAACCAUGCCUGUUGGCAUCUCUAUCAAGUCUUAAUGGCAGCCUUAGUGUCAAAGCAGCACAAAAAGUACCUGGCAUAAUUCUUGGAUCGUCAUUUCUACUCAGCAUAAAUGAUUUUCUCCUUAAAACAAGUCUCAGAGAAAGAAGUCGGAUUCUCACAGGACCAUUUUGUGCUACCACUAAUCUAGAAGCUAAGUGGUGUAAACACAGUGGCAAUCUAGGGCCAGAACAGUCCAUACCAAAAAUAUCCAUCGAUUUAAGAGGUGGUCUGCUACAGGUCUUCUGGGGUCAAGAACAUUUGAAUUGUUUAGUCCUCCUUCAUGAAUUACUCAAUGGAUAUCUUAAAGAGGAGAGAAAUGUUGAAGUGCUAGUUUCUGAACCAGUACCUCAGAUGCCAUCUCCUGUGGAAAAAACUCAGGCCUUUAAAAGUGAACACAGUUCAGAUGACCUGCGGACGGGUCACUUUCAGUACAUUCAAGAUGCUGAACCUUUGAAACUCCCUGGUGUCUAUGAAGUCUUGUUUUAUAAUGAAACAGAAGAUAGCCCAGGAAUGAUGUUGUGGAGGUAUCCAGAACCCAGAGUACUCACCCUUGUACGAAUAACUCCUGUACCUUUCAACACCACAGAGGAUCCAGAUAUUAGCACAGCAGACCUGGGUGAUGUGCUACAGGUUCCUUGUAGUCUGGAAUACUGGGAUGAACUCCAGAAGGUUUUUGUUGCAUUUCGAGAAUUUAGUCUGUCUGAAAGCAAAGUUUGUGAACUGCAGUUGCCGGACAUCAAUCUUGUGAAUGACCAGAAGAAACUGGUAUCCUCAGAUCUUUGGAGAAUUGUCUUGAAUAGCAGCCAAAACGGAGUUGAUGACCAAAGCUCUGCAAGUGAAUCUGGUUCUCAAAGCACUUGUGAUCAGCUUGUAACUCCAACAGCCCUGGCCGCCUGUACCAGAGUUGACUCCUGUUUUACCCCGUGGUUUGUACCGUCUCUUUGCAUGUCCUUCCAGUUUGCUCACCUGGAGUUCCAUCUCUGUCAUCAUCUUGAUCAACUAGGCACAGCUUCACCACAAUACCUACAGCCAUUCAUUUUUGAUAAAAAUAUACCAUCUGAACUAGAAUACAUGAUUGUUUCCUUCAGAGAACCACACAUGUAUUUUCGACAAUGGAAUAAUGGUUCUAUCUGCCAGGAGAUCCGGUUCUCAGCUCAAGCAGACUGUAAACUUCUAGAAUGCAGAAAUGUUACAAUGCAAAGUGUAGUAAAGCCUUUCAGCAUCUUUGGACAAAUUGCAGUUUCCAGUGAUGCAGUGGGAAAGCUGCUUGACUGCACCUUGACAGUGGACUCCAUAUUUAUAAACUUUGGACAGCAUGUAGUUCAUUCUCUAAACACUGCAGUACAAGCUUGGCAACAGAACAAAUGCCCUGAGGUAGAGGAGUUGGUCUUCAGCCAUUUUGUGAUCUGUAAUGACACACAGGAGACACUGCGGUUUGGCCAGGUGGAUACUGACGAAAAUAUUCUGCUGGCGAGUCUCCACAGUCACCAGUACAGCUGGCGCUCUCACAAAUCCCCACAGCUGUUGCACAUCUGUAUUGAAGGUUGGGGCAAUUGGCGUUGGUCAGAACCCUUCAGUGUGGACCACGCUGGGACGUUUAUUAGAACAAUUCAGUACAAGGGUCGAACUGCAUCACUCAUAAUCAAGGUUCAACAACUCAAUGGAGUGCAAAAACAGAUUAUCAUCUGUGGAAGACAGAUCAUCUGUAGUUAUUUGUCUCAAAGCAUAGAACUAAAAGUCGUUCAGCAUUAUAUUGGACAAGAUGGACAAGCUGUAGUUCGAGAACAUUUUGACUGCCUCACAGCCAAACAAAAAUUACCUUCGUACAUAUUAGAAAACAGUGAACUGACAGAGUUGUGUGUGAAGGCCAAAGGAGAUGAAGACUGGUCAAGAGACGUGUGCCUAGAAUCCAAAGCCUCUGAGUAUAGCAUUGUCAUCCAGGUGCCAUCUUCAAACAGUUCCAUUAUUUAUGUCUGGUGUACAGUUUUGACUUUAGAACCCAACUCUCAAGUGCAACAACGAAUGAUUGUGUUCAGCCCUCUUUUUAUCAUGAGAAGUCAUCUUCCAGACCCCAUUAUCAUACAUUUGGAGAAAAGGAGUCUGGGAUUGAAUGAAACACAGAUUAUUCCAGGAAGAGGGCAGGAAAAACCACUGCAAAACAUAGAACCUGAUCUUGUACAUCACCUAACAUUUCAAGCAAGAGAAGAAUAUGACCCUUCAGAUUGUGCUGUCCCCAUCUCAACAGCCCUAAUUAAACAAAUAGCCACUAAGAUACACCCUGGAGGUACAGUUAAUCAGAUCCUUGAUGAAUUCUAUGGGCCAGAAAAAUCUCUCGAACCCACAUGGCCCUAUAUUAAGAAGGAUUCUGACAGGAAUGAACAGCUGAGUCAGUGGGAUAGCCCAAUGCGAGUGAAGCUGUCGAUCUGGAAGCCAUAUGUUAGAACUUUGUUGAUAGAACUUCUGCCCUGGGCCCUGCUUAUCAAUCAGUCCAAGUGGGACCUCUGGCUGUUUGAAGGAGAGAAGAUUGUUCUACAGGUUCCUGCUAGCAAAACUAUUAUUCCUCCUAAUUUUCAGGAAGCUUUUCAGAUUGGAAUAUAUUGGGCAAAUACAAACACUGUGCACAAGUCAGUAGCAAUUAAACUAGUCCAUAACCUGACAUCUCCAAAGUGGAAAGAUGGAGGUAAUGGUGAAGUCGUGACAUUGGACGAAGAAGGGUUUAUUGAUGCUGAAAUAAGACUUGGUGCUUUCCCAGGACAUCAGAAGUUGUGUCAGUUCUGCAUUUCUUCUAUGGUACAGCAAGGUAUACAGAUUAUUCAGAUUGAAGACAAGACUACAGUAAUCAAUAACACACCGUAUCAGAUAUUUUAUAAACCACAGUUAUCUGUCUCCAAACCCCAUUCUGGAAAAGAGUAUUUUCACAUUCCGGACAGUGCUACUUUCAGCAUUUGCCCAGGUGGAGAGCAGCCGGCUAUAAAAUCCAGCUCCCUUCCUUGCUGGGAUUUAAUGCCUGAUGUUGGGCCAUCAGUAUUGGACACAUCCUUGCUUCAGAAACAGAUUUUGCUGGGCUUUUCUCCUGCCACAGGUGCCAACAGCUCACAGUGUUGGAGCCUGCCAGCUCUAGUUAAACAAGAGUUUCCCCGACAGAGUGUGGCAGUGCCCCUUGGGAAUUCUAGGGAAAAUGGAUUCUGUACCAGGGCUAUAGCAUUGACAUAUCAAGAACACUUUGGAGUGACUUAUUUAACCCUCUCAGAAGACCCUAGUCCUCGAGUCAUUCUCCACAACAGAUGCCCAGUAGCAGUGCUUAUAAAGGAAAACAUUAAAGACAUCCCAAAAUUUGAGGUUUAUUGCAGAAAAAUUCCUUCUGAGAGUUCAGUUCAUCAUGAGCUCUAUCAUCAGAUUUCCAGUUAUCCAGACUGCAAGACCAAAGACUUACUUCCUAGCCUUUGUUUGAGAGUAGAGUUGCCAGAUGAAAUAACUACUGAGUGGAGUGAUGCUGUUGACAUCAACAGUCAGGGGACGCAGGUUGUGUUCCUCACUGGCUUUGGCUAUGUGUAUGUGGAUGUUUUCCAUCAGUGUAGCACAGUCUUCAUCACUGUGGCCCCAGAAGGAAAAGCAGGAUCUAUUUUAACCAACACCAACAGAACUCUGGAGAAGACCAUUACCUUUAGAAUGUUCAUCACCCAGUUGAGCCUGGCAGUAUCGGAUGAUCUCACCCACCACAGAGCAUCAUCUGAACUCCUGAGGCUCACACUGGACAAUGUUUUUCUGCACAUGGCUCCUGUGGCUGGCAUUCUUCCGGGGGAGGAGCCUGCUGCCGCUCUCUUUCAGCUUCACUGUGUGGAGGUGUAUUGUGGGGAUCUGCAGUUGGACAACCAGCUCUAUAACAAGUCCAACUUCCACUUUGCUGUCUUGAUCUGCCAGGGAGAAAAAACAGAACCUACUCAGUGUUCCAAAGGGCAGAGUCUCCUUGCCUCCAGCAGAGAUCUGGAAGAAUACAAGGAGAACUGCUUUAUCAAGGUCCGCGUCACCUUAACUGAGGGCAAGAGUGUCCCACUGGAUGUCAACGAGUUCAGCUUUGAAUUGAAACCUGCCCGAUUAUAUGUGGAAGACACAUUUGUAUACUACAUCAAAACCUUGUUUGAUACUUACCUUCCUCACAGCAGGCUGGCUGGUCACCCCCCACAGCUCUCUGGGGGAAAGCAGGUGCUACCUCUGCAAGUGAGACAACACGCCAGGGCUUUGGUGAAUCCAGUGAAGUUACGGAGACUGGUGAUCCAGCCAGUGAAUCUGCUUGUCAGCAUCCACGCAUCUCUCAAGCUAUACAUAGCCUCUGACCACACUCCACUCUCCUUCUCUGUGUUUGAAAGAGGACCCAUCUUCACCACUGCGAGACAGCUUGUGCAUGCCCUGGCAAUGCACUAUGCUGCUGGUGCCCUCUUUAGAGCAGGCUGGGUGGUGGGGUCUCUGGAGAUCCUUGGCAGCCCAGCAAGCUUGGUGAGGAGCGUGGGGAAUGGGAUCGCUGACUUCUUCAGACUUCCAUAUGAGGGACUGACCCGAGGCCCAGGAGCUUUCGUGAGUGGAGUUUCCCGAGGGACAACAUCAUUCGUGAAGCACAUUUCCAAAGGUACCCUCACAUCCAUCACCAACCUGGCCACCAGCCUGGCCCGGAACAUGGACCGGCUCUCGCUGGAUGAGGAGCACUACAACCGGCAGGAGGAGUGGCGGCGGCAACUGCCUGAGAGCCUGGGCGAGGGGCUGCGACAGGGCCUGUCCCGGCUGGGCAUCAGCCUGCUCGGUGCAAUUGCUGGUAUAGUGGAUCAGCCGAUGCAGAACUUCCAGAAAACAUCCGAGGCUCAGGCUUCAGCCGGACACAAGGCCAAGGGUGUUAUCUCUGGUGUGGGGAAAGGAAUCAUGGGGGUGUUCACGAAGCCCAUUGGAGGAGCUGCUGAGCUCGUGUCACAGACCGGCUACGGUAUUUUACACGGAGCUGGACUUUCUCAGCUUCCCAAACAGCGCUAUCAGCCAAGUGAUCUACAUGCUGACCAGGCUCCAAACAGCCAUGUCAAAUAUGUCUGGAAAAUGCUCCAGUCUCUGGGCAGACCAGAAGUCCACAUGGCCUUGGAUGUGGUUCUCGUGAGAGGUUCAGGCCAGGAACAUGAAGGGUGCCUGCUGCUGACCUCAGAAGUACUCUUCGUAGUGAGUGUCAGCGAGGACACGCAGCAACAGGCCUUCCCCGUCACAGAGAUAGACUGCACACAGGACAGCAAGCAAAGCAGCCUGCUCACUGUGCAGCUCAAGCAGCCGAGAAUGGCCUGUGAUGUGGAGGUAGACGGAAUCCGAGAGAGACUGUCAGAGCAACAAUACAACAGACUUGUGGACUAUAUCACAAAGACGUCUUGUCACCUGGCCCCCAGCUGCUCUUCCAUGCAAACACCAUCCCCUGUGGUGGCUGUGGAACCUCCCCUUUCCACUGUUAAAACAUACCAUUAUUUGGUGGACCCACAUUUUGGUCAGGUCUUCAUUAGUAAAUUUACCAUGGUGAAGAAUAAAGCCCUAAGGAAAGGGUUCCCUUGAAUCCCUUCUAAGAUGAUGAUUCUUGCUUGUGCAGUUUAUUUUUUAAACAAAGAACCUAGAGGUUAGCCAAGAGAUAUGGAAUCAAUGAUGAAUAAAAAGAAGAAAAAAAAAAAAGAGAACCUAGAGAUUAGCUCUAACAUUCAUUGUGGACAAAAGACCAACACUUUUCGGUGGUUCAGGUAUUGUAACUUCUAAAAUUAUCUUAGCAUCUUUCUCCCUAAAAACAAAUUAGAUACUUUAAGAUGGGGAUGGGGUUCCUUUACCAUUUGAAGACAGUGAUUAAAACAAUGCCGUUUGCUAAAAUUUUCACAAUUAUUUGGACCUGUUAAUGCUCUGCUCUACAGAAAAAUACAUGGUUAGGCCUUAGAAUGCAGAGCCAGAGUUAAAACUUCAUCCCUAAUUCCAUCUGUUUUGGGGGACUGAGAUACCACCUCUGCCCAAUACCCCUUUUUUGCAAAGGUUGAUUCUUUAAGUGAAAUGAACUUAGAACUCUGCUGGUUAACUUGUUAAAUUUGCUUAACUACAGCAACAUUAUUUUAGUGAAAGCUACUACGUGUAUUCCCUCCAAAGUCUGCAUUUUACUGAAAUUCACAAAACAGUCUAUGACUCUGGGUACAUUUUAGAAAAAUGUUCUUCCAGUUUGUGUUUUAAAUAGACAAGCUAAAAAUCAUUUGUAUUUACCAAUGACAGACCUGAAGUACUCAGGUGAGUUUCUUUAGUUCCACAAAUAACAUGUUAGGAAGUCCUGGAAGGGGAGCCAAGAACACAACAUUAAUACUAGCAAUGACAUCAGUCCAGAUAGUUUAUUUUUCUGAGUGAUUUGAUAAAGCAUGAAGAUAUUGCUAAAUAUUAUUUUGCAUCUCAGAUUGGGUUUGACUCAGGGUCUAGAGUUACCAGAUAACUUAAAUGUUCAGUAAGUAUCUUUCUCAUGGUCUAAUUAAUUAAAUUUGUCUUAUUACUUUCAAACUUGGGCCUAUAACUUAUUGCCUACAAUUGUGAAAUUCUAAGAAAAUGCAAUUUUAAAGCCAACUGAUCUUUGAACUCUCACAGAGGUGUAGGCACAAGUCACCACUACAUCACUGUUAAAGGAAAGCAAGACUGUUUGUUAAUGGACAAUUCAGGUUGUAUAUGAAAAAUGGCUCCUCAGUUUGUUAUAUAUACUUGUUUAGGAAAGUGACAGUUUUGUCAAUCCCAAGAGUAACUAUUUUUAAGAAUGUAAAUAUGUACUAAUUCUUGUAUGUUUUAUGGUAAUUUUGCAUACUGCUAAGAACUGUUAUGUAAAGUUGUUUAAAAUAAAAGGUGUCCUUGAAUUUCA